AUGUCGGAAUGUGCUUCAACGCCCAUCGCGUCCAUCUCCAGCGGCGGGGGGCCCAUGGGAAGUAGGCGAGGUCUCACGAUCCCCAUGGUGACGGAGCAAACUGGCCACUUUAGUGAACCAAGAGCGCGCGAAGGAGGUCUCCCCGAACAAAGCGGUUGCGGUCCAAUGAUAUUGCACCUGAAGUUCGAUCGUACCAUCGGCUGCUUGUCUAACAGGGCAAGGGACGUGUUCUGCGAUGUCGUGUACUCUUUCUGGACGAAGCACAGACCUCGAUACGAACCGGCGCCUGCCGGAUUCAGUGUGUUCUAUGCCGGAGAUGACAGCAGCACCAAGCAGAACGCAGGAUCUGGCAGCCGCGCGGACGAACCCGUUCGACUUGUUGACGGGCGUGAUCCCGACUGCCGAAGACGGAAUGAUAUGCUUCUUAUGGCCGUCUUCGAGGACAUGGUCCACGACGGCUGCACCGAACAUGCACGAAAGAUUGACCUCAUCCACCACGAGCGUCAGGAGCGUCACGAGCACCACGACACGCCACGACCGGGGAGAGGGACUUGUCUUGGACCGCGGGAAUGUGGAAUCACGGCAUUACGGCUGGAUUUCUACUGCAUGAUCGAGUGUCCGUGCAGGAUGGACGGAAAACGCUUUCUCAGACGGGUCUACUCGUUUCUGACGGAGCACAGGCCUCAGGGCGGCUUCACGGGAGACGGCGUCCACGUAAAGUACACGGUGGACGAUGCGGGUGACGUGGACACGGCAGGACGCUGUAGCCAGUUCUUGAACAUCGUUUAUCCCGAAGCCGCCGACGAGAAUUCUAAGAGUCGCGAUCGAGAGGUACUCACCAGAGCGUACCAGACACUUGUAGAGCGGGGUUACGGCUGGAAGAGACAAGAAGUUCGCCUCGUUCCCAAGUACCGCAGCAGGGACACGAUCGCACGGGACUUGCGGUCGCCGACGACGACGACGAUCGACGGCGGGGAGCGCGAAGGCACGGGCGGAGACGGGGAGCACUAA